CAAAACAGUGAAUUCGUUGUUCAAUGAAGUUCUUGGUGAAAAUGAAUAAUGUGUCUUUUAUUUUUACCUUAAACUUUUUGGCCAACCCAAUAACUAGAGGAGACUUGAGCAAGGAAAGCUGAAUAUGCCGAGGAGAGGGGUAAUAAUCAAUGGAGCAAAGUCUCUGUGGAGGGGAGAGGAAUGACAUCUAAGUCAUGGGAGGAGGGACUGUCCUUUUGUAGCAGGGUCACUUCCUUUAUUAUAGUAGGAAGAAAAAAGGAAUAUUUUUAGGUUUGUUUUUUUACACGUGGGUAGGUUGAAAGAAUUCACGUCUGAUGGCUUCUGUUUUCUCUGUGAUAGAGAGCAAGGUCAUCUGCUUAGACUAAGGAGGGUUUUAUGUUAGAGGAGUGUGGGAAAAAUUUAAUCAUUUUGUACUAUGGGAGAGAAAUAUUGCCUAUUCUCUUAUGGCUUUUGGGUGGGCCCAAGAAUUAAACUGACAUAAUACAGAUUAACAGGAGAAAAGCACACAUUUAAUAAAAGUUCUGUGUGACACAGGAACUUUCACAAGGAAAUGAAGACCCAAAGAAGUAGCAAAACCAAGUGCUUUUAUGCUAGAUUGAACAAAGAGAGGCCAUUGUGGAAAAGUAACCAAAAAAUAUAGGGAGACUAAAGGAAGAUAAGAAUUAUUUUAACAAGGUCUGUUUGUACAGAAUUCUCUCAGCUUUAACUCCCUGUCUAAGAGUGUUUCUUUUUUCCCAGUAUAGGGCAGGUAUCUUUCACAUGGGAAUUUUAUCUCCUGUUUUCAGGAAGAAAGGGGGAGAUCAGAUCACUCUUCUUGCCUCGGCUGUUUUUCCAGUGCCUUUAGCUCACAAUAAUCCUUAGGCCAAAGUGGCAAUUUUUGGGGGAGUAUAUUCUCCCAUCCUGUACCUAUAAAAUAUAGUAGAAAUGCUGGAGAGUGUUGGGGGUCAAUUUGAGAUUAAUGACCAUAAUUUGUGGUGAAACCGAUCCUAUCCUGUGUGAUUUUCUCCAGCAGGCCACAGCUUCAUGGGCCAUAGGAAAAACAGACACUGUAAUUGAGUUCAUCCAGGGCCAGGGUUUUAUAGAUACCUAUCUAUAAAAGACAGACGGGGAGUUAGGGCAUUGUAAAGAACAUUAUUGAAGCAGUGGAACUGGCGUCUAAAUUGGAAAAUAAAGGAAGGUGAGGUCUGAUUGAGAAAAGGAGAGGCAGCCUCCUAGAGAUCUUGAUGAUAUUUAAGAAUAGUAAUCAUUGGAAUAAGUAAGCAAAUUGGAAGGAUAGGUAGUUUAUGGUCAAAGAUCAGAAUACUUCAAUUAAUUGUUUUGGAAUUAGACCAGAUUGAGGUAAUGGCAAGGUGCAGGGUGUGACUAUAGGAGAGAGUGCCUAGGGUGGGAUGGAAGAGAAUAGUGAUGGGCACAGGGAUGUCAGUUGUUGGAUGGACCAUCUCUGAAGACAUGGGAAUUACCUGGGAUGAUCACAGUACUUAGAGUUGAGAAGAAAACUGUGUGCCUAAUGACAAAAUCUCUAAUGAAUGACAAGGAGUUAUCAGCAGGCCAGAAGAUAAUAUCAUUGAAGCAGAUGACGGAAGUAGUAGUCUGGUAAUGGUAAAAUAGACGGUAAGAAAGAGAUAAGUGAGGCAUAUACAAGCAAAAGCUGACACUGAGGCAUAUAGGAGUGGUAUCUUCAGGGAGCAAUAAGGUUUCAGUUCAAGCUAGGAGGUACAAGGAACACUCUGAAACCAUAAAGAUGUAAUGGGAUUCGCUGAGAAUGGUGCAGCCGUUCCGAAAGACACAGUAGAAAGUUUGGAAAGUGGAAGAGAAAUGAAGGGCUGGGUCAGUUUCCAGGCAAUACUUUGCAUUAUGGUGGUAAUGUGCUGCAGAAAACAGGGAAGAAGAGGUGGGAAUCAGGCUUUGGGAUUUCCAGAUGAAAACAGGUAGAUUUAGUGUCAAUUUCCAAAGGGGAAUGGGUAUUGAGGUGUGGUGGCCAGAGGGUGUGGCUCACCCAACCUGGGGGGAAUCUCCCAAGACCUGCAGCCUGAGGUCACACACAACCAGCCACUGACGUACAGUACUUUCUGAGAUUACCUUGAAACCAAGGAUUCAUUUAUUCAUCUGUUUUGAAGUAUGGGGAAACUAAGGCCCACCAAAGGUCAGGGAAUUGUCCCAGGAUAGAAACCUUUUUUUAAUAUCAAAAAUAAGGGUUAGAAUCCAGGUAUCCUGACUCCUAGUCCUGUUUGCUCCCCUCCCAGCUCCCCAACCCCAUUUAUCUGAAGAAGGUAGAAGAGGUUUCUCUCACUUUUCUACUUGCAAGAAAGAAUUUUACUUAUACUUUCCUUAAUAACAAAUAAAUUAGGUUGAAUUUAAAUAAAUGGGCAUUUUUUUUCUGAAAAAUAUAUUGUCCUAAAUCAAAUAACUCUAUGAUACUGAAUGAAGAUUGUUCAACAUAGUCACUGUUGUUUGGUAAUACCUUUCCUCAGAACUAGCCCUACUGCCUAAUCCAAUUAAUAUUUUAUUCCUGAACAGAACUAUUAAUGACCAAAGAAUAGGCAUUUCUUGAUUUAAGAAAACCUGCUCUUUGACUUGAAAGACGUAAAACAUAAGGGGUAAUUAUUUACUUUACAAAGGAAUCAAUAUUUCGUAAAAGGACUCAUUAUAAAUAGUUCACUUAAAUCAUUAAUUUAUAAUGUGAUUUUAUGUAUUCAUUCAGUCAUUUGACACAUUUAUUUAUCACGUGCCUCCUAUGUGCCAGAGAAGACAGUGGUGAACUAAACGCACCAGGACCCCCUGUUCAUGGCGCUUACAUUAAAUUAUCAAAUGAAUGAGUGAGUGGUCAGCCAAACAAACAGAAAGUGCUUUGCAGAGAAUUAACCUAAGCUGAUGUGAUGUAGAAUGGCUAAGAGGCUGUCAUUUAAGCUGAAUUUUAUUGACAAGGUAAGGAAUUUCCAUUUCACUUUUUAAGAAACAUCCAAUAUAUUAUUUUUCACAUCUGUAGCCUUCACAUUUUGGUAACUUAAAGAGAUUCAUAGCUAUUGAUAGUUUCAGUGGUCCCUUUGAAUCAAUAAAGUGUGUCUUUUUUUCUAAAAGUUUGAUUAUUAGAGAUGAAGGAAAUGCCAUCCACUGAUAGAACAUUGUCAGAGUAAAACCUUAUGGGAAGUUUCUGCUUUCCUGAAUGCUUUCACUUCUAAAUGGCAGUAUAAUAAGAAUUCCAUUUUGCUUUGAUCUCCCUACUUUGACCCAUGAUUGAUAAUGAUUUCCUUACAAGUAGAGAAGUAAUCUAGAUUCAUGCCUCUUAGCAAGCCAUUUCAAUAGAUUUCCAGCUACCUAGCUAUCUUCUGGAAUUGUUGAAGGCAGUACCGCCUGAGAAAAUAAGGGAAGAUUCAUUCGUAUAUUCUUCAUAUUUAUCAAGGACCUACUAUAAUCCUUUUCAAACAACUUUCUAAAUAACCUGUUUCUAACAACUUUAAUUUACUGUUACAAAUUGCAUUUUUACUAGUGACUUCUCCAGACGAUUCUGAAAUUUAAGUAGUUCUUAGACUGAAAUAUUCUGGAUUUUAUGCCUACUAGGAAUGGAACUUUUACUUCCUGUAGUUUAAUGCUCUUGACUAAAUUAGAACUUUGUUUUUUAAAUUCACCAUAUCCUUACAGAUCUCUACUUUAAAACGACACAUGCAUAAAUUUGUAUAAGGAGGAUUCUAUUAGAAUGAUUCCAGUGAUGAGAGAUUAUAUCAUAGAAAGAAAACUCAGCUAUCAAUAAAUGUUAUUUUUAUUUUAUACAAGUUUAUGGUCUAUCACCUAGCUAUAAAUGUUUAAUAGUGAUAUAAGUAUAUAUUUACUCCCUUUAAAAUUUUUUCUUUUGUCCUGUAGCAUGUUUUUGGCCCGGGCGAGACUGUGCACCCUUGGCAGUAGACCUAAAUUCCUGAAGACAAUUUGUGCUUCAAAAAUACUUGGACUCUCUACUUCUGCUGCCACACUACCCAGAUAUUUGGUCAAACACCAGUCUAGAUUGUUCUGUGAAGAUAUUUUUCAGAAAAUGUCUUUGAAAUUCAAAAAUGCAAAACGAAUUGAAGGCCUUGAUAGCAAUGUGUGGAUUGAAUUUACCAAGUUGGCUGCAGACCCCUCUGUUGUGAAUCUUGGCCAAGGCCUUCCAGAUAUAUCCCCUCCUGUAUAUGUAAAGGAAGAAUUAUCAAAGAUUGCAGCAAUUGAUAGUCUGAAUCAGUACACACGGGGCUUUGGUCAUCCAUCACUUGUGAAAGCUCUGUCCUGCCUAUAUGAAAAGUUUUAUCAAAAUCAAAUAAAUCCAAAUAAAGAAAUCCUUGUGACAGUAGGAGCAUACGGAUCUCUUUUUAAUGCCAUUCAAGGAUUAAUUGAUGAGGGAGAUGAAGUCAUAGUGAUAGUGCCUUUCUAUGACUGCUAUGAGCCCAUGGUGAGAAUGGCUGGAGCAAUACCUGUUUUUAUUCCCCUGAGAUCUAAACUUGUUGAUGGGAAAAAAUGGUCUAGUUCUGACUGGACAUUAGAUUCUCAAGAACUGGCAAGCAAAUUUAAUUCCAAAACCAAAGCUAUAAUACUAAAUACUCCGCAUAACCCCCUUGGCAAGGUGUAUACCAAAGAGGAACUCCAAGUAAUUGCUGACCUUUGCAUCAAAUAUGACACACUCUGCAUCAGUGAUGAGGUUUAUGAAUGGCUUGUGUAUACUGGAAAUAAGCAUUUUAAAAUAGCCACUUUUCCAGGUAUGUGGGAGAGAACAAUAACGAUAGGAAGUGCUGGAAAGACUUUCAGUGUCACUGGCUGGAAGCUUGGCUGGUCCAUUGGUCCUAAACAUUUGAUAAAACAUUUACAGACAGUUCAACAAAAUACCGUUUAUACUUGUGCGACUCCUUUACAGGAAGCUUUGGCUCAAGCUCUUUGGAUUGACAUCAAGCGCAUGGAUGACCCAGAAUGCUACUUUAAUUCUUUGCCAAAAGAGUUAGAAGUGAAAAGAAAUCGCAUGGUACAUUUACUUGAAAGUGUUGGCCUAAAACCCAUAGUUCCUGAUGGGGGAUACUUCAUCAUUGCUGAUGUGUCUUUGCUAGAUACAGACCUUUCUGAUAUGAAGAACAGCAAUGAACCUUAUGACUAUAAAUUUGUAAAAUGGAUGACUAAAAAUAAGAAAUUGUCAGCCAUCCCAGUUUCAGCAUUCUGUAAUGCAGAGACCAAAUUACAGUUUGAGAAAUUUGUGCGAUUUUGCUUCAUUAAAGUAAAAAGACAGUACGCUGGAUGCUGCUGAAGAGAUCAUCAAGGCAUGGAGUAGACAGAAGUUUUGAUACAUGCAAACUGCAUUGUUUCUAUUAAAUGACCUAGUAUGGAAUUAUUUAGUACUGCUACUUGCUGGGUGUUGGAAAAAAAAUUUCAGUACAAAUGAAAUUUAAAGGACUAUUUCCAUUGUUAAUCCCACUCCUGACAAUAUUCAGGAGAUCUGAUUUUUUUUUCAGCUGAAAUGUAUUAAAACACCUUUUAGACCAUUUUAUGAGUCAGUAUAGUGCAGUGGUAAGAACUGUGAGAUGCUGGUUGAUGCUUAACCUCUCUGCGCUUCAGUUUCCUCAUAAAAGGGGAAUAAAAAUAGCACCUACUUUA